GGUUUGAGAGCAAGAGAGAGACCAAACCUUGGAUGCUUGUCUAACGCCUUAGUAUCGAUCUCGCUUGAAACAGUCACUAGUGAUUUAGGCAACACCUCGUGCUGAAGCAGAGCACCGAGUGUGCCGUGGUUGUUGAGCUUAGCUUUCACUGAAGUCGAGUGAUCAGCGAAUAGUCCUGGACCUUUGCUCAUGGUUGCGAGAUCGGCGGAGGAGAAGCGGUGAAGAUUGAGAAGAACGAAUACGACUUGUUUUAUUUAAAUUAAACAAAUAAAUAGCGAAUGAAUAUCCUUUAUGUAGUAAGAGCACCCGCAACGCGGGUUCGUGAUGAAUCCUAAGCGCGAUAACUUAGGUAAAAGCAAUUAAAAAAAUAAUUUUAAAAUGUCGUAACCGAAGGAUUGAUCCUAAAUUAAGGGGUUUAAGGAUCAAAUCCUUAAUGACGUGGCAAGACGGGAGUGGUCAUGGCAGGGGUUGUGUUUCGUAUGUGGAAAAAAACAUUCAUUCUCUUUCUCCGUCUCGGAAAAAAAACUCUCCCGAAGGCGAAAGGCGAUUCAGAGAUCGUGAAACGGUGAAGGUUUUGAAAUGGAGGAAGAACUUCGAGAUAAGAAAGCACAGAAAGAGUACUACAACAUGAUCGAUUUUGUUGCAAAUGCGCAACAGGGGAUUCCCAAAAUUUGCCCCUGUGGAUCAAUCACGAAAGAAACCGUUGAUGAAGAUGAUACGUACGACUACCUCCCGGGAAAAAGAUACUUUAUCUGCAAAGACUUUGAGGUAUGUACUGUAAUUAAUCUGGUUAUUUUUAUGGUUCAUAUUCUGACAAAUGUUUAUCUUUUUUUGCAGAAUGAUGGGCUGCAUUUCAGGCAACCAUGGGUUACGGCUAUUCAUGAAGAAGUUGAGAGGCUCAAAGAACGGUAUCACGAGCAAGCGAAGCUUCUGAGAGAGUGCCAGGCACUUAAGGACCAGGUGAGAAUGCUGCAGGACGAGGUGAGAAUGCUGCUUAUGCGUGUGGCUGAACUCGAGAGAGCCCUCUGAGGUUAGUGGAUUAAAUUAUCCUUCAUCUCUGCCUCGUGUGAAAUUAGUAGGAGUUUGCAUUGUAACAUGAACAUGUAGUUAGCAAAUAAUAAAUAUUUAGUGACUUCAUUAACUCACUCUCUAGCUGUUAUGAUAGGACAGUUAGCAAAUAAUAUCCAUACUGCUUCAUUAAAUCUCGCUUUCAAACGAAAACUUCAUUAACUCACUCUCUAGCUGUUAUGAUAGGACAGUUUCCUACUAGGAUUAAAUAGAGUUGAACUAAAGAUCCCUAUUUAAUCUUCUGCGUUUCUACAAGAGAAACACAGAGUGAAAUCCGAAAAUGGAAAACUCCACUUGCUUUG